AUGAUCACCAGAAGAACGAUAGCGACAAGUGGUAGAAUAAUAGGAAGAAGGAGAAGAAGAAAUGUACAUGGAUCCUUUGUCGUCAGUCGGAAUUCUACACAAGCCGGGGCCGGGGUACACACAUUGUAUUGUCAAGACUAUUAUUACGAUGAUUCAACCACGUGUCCGCCCCGGAUUCGAUCACCAUUAUCUUCUUCCAUAUCAUUCACUGCAUCACUUCCUAUUCAAUCGUUCAUCUUUCAACAACAACGGCGAGGGUUUGCUUCUAUACAAAAAGUCGAGGAUACUAAAGAUAGUCCUACCAACAAAUCGACACCACCACGACUAGCAAAAAAGAAUAAUAAGAAUCUUCCAGAUGACGCUCAUGCUGGAGAUCCUCCUUCGUCGGCGUCAAAAAAGGACAAAUCCAACACCAAACACAACAAAUCAAAAGGUGAAUCCAAGAAAAACAGGGAUAAUUCAUCGCGGAUACAAUUGGUCCAGCUUCAGGACUUGCAUUCCAAAGAAACCAUUCGCAAUCGUUUUGCCCCUGUCCUCCAACGACAUGAUGUUUCACGGCUCAAGUGGAUCAGCACGCUCAAGAAUCAGUUGAAAAACAAAAAGAUCAAUCGAAAAAAUCCUGCUUCCAAUAACAUUUACAUGACCCAUACGCAAAGCUAUCUACCAAAACAAUCCAAGGAUAUCAAGGCUGCCUUUUGGGAUUUGAUUCUGGUCUCCAAUGAGAAUAAUAAUAAUAAUAAUAACAGUAAUGGAGGAGGAGGAGCAGCAGCCAACAAGCCCAAACCACAACAACCACGAAAGCAGACAAAGCAGCCAACUAAAGAACACGUGGCAUUGUUGCAAAAGGUUCGUCAAUCGGCAGUCGAAUUUCCAAUUCUAUGGAGUGUCACACGCAAACGAAAAAUGAAUUUGCAAAAUCAAGAAAAUAAUAAUAAUAAGAAAGAUGGCAAGCCCUAUCCAUGGAAACGAUACCUGGCGGAACGCUCCGACCGAUUGGCGGCCAUUCACAAUGCCAAAUCGCAAGACCAGCAAGAGAAGGAAGCCCGGGAGCUGGCGGAACGCUUGCAAGAAUCCAUGCCCAAAGCAAGAUACGACCGACUCUUGGCCGUACUCCAGGAUCACAUUGAGGCCUGCGAACAGGAUAGGACAUUGCCGACAGCAGUAUCACCAGACAAUCCGAAACGAAAAAAGCGGAUCCAAGUCUUGUACAAUAAAAUUCGAGAACCUUUGAAACGGUACAUUCACUUGGUGGCGGCCGAUUUGGGAGAUUUCUUAUACGUCACUGCCGAAGACGACGGCACCAACAGUCGGGGUGACAUUAUGUCGGAUCCACGGAUUACUGAGUCUUCCAAGGCGUUUGAUGGACUGCUGGACAACUUUGUGGACUCGUUUGCAACCAUUCAUGAACUCUUGUUAAAAGAAUAUCAAACCAACAAUCGGAAACUGGAAGAGAAUAACGAUGACAACAAGGAGUCCGACGAUGACGAAAUUGAAAGCGAAUUGAACGAAGAAUUGGAAGAAGCUGUCUUGGAAAGUUUCCAAGAUGUCGUGUCCACCGGAGCGGAAGCUGCAGUGUCCAAGUCCAAGAAGAAGAAGGCAGCCGCAAAACGGAAACCCCGCAGUUAUGUUCUCUUUGAAGCCAUCAAUCUGCAAGACUUUCCACCCAUCACGUCGCCACGGACUCCAAUUCUCCCAUCCACUGCUCCGGCGUUUCCAGACUUUCCCUCCAAUGCACCCAACGAGCGACUCGUUAUCAUUGACAACUUGCCCAUUGAUGCGAAUGAAAACUUGCUCAUGGAUGCUUACUCUCGGUGCGGUCCCAUUGAAUCCAUUGCCGUCUUUAACAAAAAGCCUCAUUUGGAUCCCGGCCGUCGAUCGGUCGACUCGAAAAAGAAAAUUCGGAAUCCUUCCUCCCAACGAGAGCCCUGGCGGCGGCCCCGCACGGCCCUCUACGCCAUGAUUUUGUUUGCGGACGUGGCCAGCGCCCAAACCGCAGCCUCGGAUCCGCUCCGAAUCUUUGGAAUGGUCCUCGAUCGGCAUUUGAUUCGAUCGUAUCCCUCCAAAGAUUUGACCAAACUCUAUUUGGAGGAUAUUGCUGGAGUCCACGACAUUGGUGCCAUUGAAUACGAAUUGUCACAGAUUUUGCAUCCCGAACUUUACGUGUGUCUCGACAUUGAUGGUGAUCAGCGGGCCAGUUCCCGACGGCACAACCGAAAAAAUGAAAACAGCACCAGCAACUGCAUAAUACAGUUCCAAGACUUUGAAGCUGCCUAUUGGUCGUACUUGCGGUUGAUGGAAAAGCUGAGCUUGUUGGAGGAGGAAGAUUGUGAAUUGCAAUGGAUGGAGACACCCAAGGAUGCAAUGCUAUACUGGACUAGAAAGCUAAACUUUUAA